AAACUGCAUGAAUAUCCAUAGUUAAUCAAGAAGAAUGUUUUCCAGACUACACUUGAUGUCUCUUAAAAUGGUUCAAGUUGCUGUGUCAGUUCUGCUGCUUACAGGUGUAUUGGGAGCACCGUUUGUGUCUGAAGAAGAAGCAAAUGAGUUUAUACGACUUAAAAGACAAACACCAUAUUCUCAGAAUUAUUGGGAUCCAAGCAACAGCCAGAAUGCAUGGGGUUACUCUCUGGCUGAACAGGUUAGUGAAUUAUGGACGGCUUUGAGAACCAAAACACAAUACUACAUGGACUUGGGAUCUUUUGCCUUUGAUCCUGCCACUGCGCGGGACCACAUUAGGUCUUACAUGGAUAUGUUACAGCAAUCCGGGGCUCACCUCCAGCAGCAGAUAAGAAAACACAACUAAAUCUAAGAAGUUUCAUGUAUCUGCCAAUGUACUGUAUGGGGGGAUCUUUAUCCAGGAGUUACAGUUUUAGCUAUUUGCCACAACCACAUUUACUUUGUCCUGUACCUUAUUAAGACAUCUAAAGCUGGAACACACACAGUAGCCCCACAAAGUCAAUAAAAAGCAACAGAGGGUCCUGUGGCACCUUUGAGACUAACAAAAGUAUUGGGAGCAUAAG